UCUGCUUUCCUAGGGAGAAAGGAUUGGAGAAGAGCAAGGCUGAUGGCAAAGAGAUCAGAUAGGAGGCUACCGCAGUAAUGGAGACAAAGACUGAUAGUGAUCUGAAUUGGAAGUUGGCAGUAAGGAUGGAGGGCAAUGGACUGAUUCAAAAAUCAGCAAGACUUAGUGAUUGGCUGGAUGUAAGGGGUUGAAAGAGAAAUCAAAGUCAAAGAUAAGCCCCAGGUUUCGGGCUUGGACAACUGAGUGGAUGAUGAUAUCUGUCCUUACAGCCCCAGGGAUAGUAUCACCUGGUCUGCAGUCUGAGUAGUAGGCCUGUUGGACUUUCUGGGACCAGCUACUCUUUAGUCAUCAUGCUGUUUGUUGACAUCAGUGCGUGCAUCUAUCUUCACAAAGGCAUAUGGUGUGAGGGCAGUUAUUUUUAAACCUACAGUAUUGGCUUUGUCCCUACCUGUAGAAAGGUGGGUGGGUGGUGACUCCCAAAUCAUGGCCACCUGGCUGUGGUGAUCUGGGUGAUCUACAUUCUUCCUUUGCUUGGAGAACUGGGAGGUCCAGGUUUGGUGACAUCUCUUCCUUUAAAGAACAUGGAACAGCAGAAUAAGGUUUACUGUUAUCCUCUUAUAAAAUCUUCCAACAACACAAGCUACUCAGCAUCAAAUUACUGUUCUUCAUGGAAGGUAUUGUCUUGCUUCUAAGCCAAGGGACCAGACUCAUCUUUUAGCCAAAAAUAAAAAUGGUUAGGCUUUUGAUUCCUUACCAAAAAAUUGAAAUUCAGACCUUGGUCAUCUGGUAUGUGCAAACCACUGUUCACUGGGAGGGCAGGCAAAAGGAGAGGGUACCAUAGUGAAUAAGACUCAGUUCCUGUUCUCAAGGGAUGUACAGUUCAGUAUAGGAUAUUUGACACAUACUUGAAGAACUCUAACAAAUGGUAGAAAGUUAUAAAUAUAGAAAGAUAUGAACAAAGUUCCAUAUGAGACUAAAGAGAGAGAAGUUAACUUGAGGGAAGGCAUCAUGGAAGAAGCGGCACUUGAGCUGGGCCUACGAAGACAAUCUCUUGCCUGUUUCCUUACAAACCCACACUAUGGCAGCCUCAUUAACGCAGAUGGCCAUGCGGAAGUGUGGACAGAUUGGAAUGAUAUGUCCAAGUUUUUCCAAUAUGGAUGGAGAUGCACCACAAAUGAGAAUGCCUAUUCGAACCGUACCCUGAUGGGCAACUGGAACCAGGAAAGAUAUGACCUAAGGAAUAUCGUGCAGCCUAAACCCUUGCCUUCCCAGUUUGGACACUACUUUGAAACAACAUAUGAUACAAGCUACAACCACAAAAUGCCACUUUCAACCCAUAGAUUUAAGCGAGAGCCUCACUGGUUCCCAGGACAUCAGCCUGAGCUGGAUCCUCCUCAAUACAAAUGCACAGAAAAGUCAACGUAUAUGAGUAGCUAUUCAAAGCCUCAAAUUGAGCAUCACUCCAUGUGUGUGUGGAAUCCUAAUAAUUGCCAAUUUCAGGGUCCAGGACUCUAAGAAAGAAUAAGAAGCUUCAUUUUUCCAGAGUAGGAUGUAGGAGGGAGCACAUUCUAAGCACAACUAAGAAUUUAGCUGACUAUAGCACAAUUUCACUCUCUCAAAUAAAGCACAGAAAAUAUUCUCUACCCCUUUUGUUUUGUUUUAACCAAGAUUUAAAUGUCAAAUUUAAGAUAAUUAUGUCUACUUUUAAUUCUACAUUGAGGUAUUGUAGGAAGGCAUUAAAAAGAAUUAUUUUUCUCAAAUCUACAACCCGUCUGCUCUUCCCUGCCUGUCAUCAGUGGCAGAACUGCAAAAUCCAGCUUGACUUAGAUUAUGUUUAGAUAGGUGCUUUCUGGAUUUGAGCCUGGUAAUCAUGGUCAGAUAGUGUAACUUUAUUGUAACCUUAAUGAACAUCCCCUCUUAAGGACUAGAAAAAUAUUUUUUUUAUUUUUAGAAUUUAAAACAUACAAAAGUAGACAGAAUUGUAUAAUGAACUCCCAUGUACCAUUACCCAGCUUCAACAAUUUAUGACUAAUUUCAUCUACUCUUAUUUUCUCUAUUUUUUUGAAUUUUGGAACAGAUGUCAGAAAUUAUAUCAUUUCAUCUAUAAAGAUUUCAGUUUAUAUCUCAAAAAGAUAAGAACUGUCAAUUUUUGACUCCUCCACGAAGAUCACCAAAGAAACCUGUUCCUCAAACAAAGCUGUGUUAUUAAACUUGUAGCAAGGAAGAACAUCAAGUUGACACAAGUCUUGGUAAUGAUUCAAAAGGGGGAUGUUAGGGUAGGGUAUUUUCAGGAAUUUGGGAUAAGGGCUCAGUUGGUUUAAGAUGGGUCUUUCAAAGUGGGGAACUGGUAGGGACUGAGAAAAGGUUGUGAGUCAUUUAGGGUUGGUGAACACAGGGAGGCAACAGUAUUAAUUUUAAUAUGGUUAAACUUCUCAGUAUUUUCCUAUUUUUUGGUCUCCUGUUUCAGAUGACAAUAUAGUAUAUGGGAAAUGUCUUUCAUAUGUUACCUCCCAAACCUUCGUUAUUUUAUGUUACAGAUAUAGAUGUGGAAUUUAUGUUGUAUAUGAUGUUAGGUGGUGACUAAGUUUCAUUUUUUCUGUAUGGCUAUCCAGUUGUCCCAGCAUUAGAAGUUAUUGAGAAGACCAUACUUACUCCACUGCUCUUCAAUGCCAUUUUUAUUAUAAAUCAACUGUCUGUGUAUAUUUAGGUCUGUUUCUGGGCUCUCUAAUAUAUUCCAUGUAAUGCCUAAUUGUCAUUCCUUAUCCUAUCUUAGCCACAAUGCCUUAAUUACCUCACUAUCUUAAUUAUGAUAAUUUUAUGUCUUGAUAUCUAGUAGAUCAAGUCCUUUCACCUUGUUUUUCUUCAAGAAUGUCUUAGCUAUUUUUGACUCCUUGCAUUUACACAUAAAUUUUCAGAUCAACUUGUCAAGUUCCACGAAAAGAUACUGUUAGGAUAUUGGAAACUCUAUUGCAUUGUUAGAUCAAUUUUAGAAUUUGAGUUCUUGUCUCAUUAAUUCUGAUCAUCCAUUGGUGUAUGCUCUUGCAAUGUGAAUACUAGUUCAUAGGCACAUAUUUUAAGUUUAAAUGUUAUAUAUCUUAUUCUAUUCCCUAUGUAUCCACCACAUUUUUUUUUAUUGUGGUAAAAUAUACAUAACAUAAAAUUUACCAUUUUAAAUUAUUUUUAAGUGUACAGUUCAGUGGCAUUAAGUAUAUUCACAAUGUUGUGCAACUAUCACCACUAUCCAUUCCCAGAAAUUUAUGAUCAUCCCAUACUGAAACUCUGUACCAAUUAAACAAUAAUCCCUCAUUCCCUCCUCCCCUAGCCCCUGGUAACCAACCUCUGUUCUGUUUUCUCUCUCUAUGAAUUUACCUAUGUGAGGUACCUCAUAUGAGUGGAAUCAUAUAAUAUUUGUCCUUUUGUGUCUGGUUUAUUUCACUUAGCAUGUUUUCAGGGUUCAUCCAUGUUAUAGCAUGUACCCUUUUCAAGACUGAAUAAUAUUCCAUUGUGUGUAUAUACCACAUUUUGCUUUUCCAUUCAUCUAUUGAUAGACACUAGGGUUGUUUUCACCUUUUGGCUAUUAUGAAUAAAGCUGCUAUGAACAUUGGUGUA